GGGCCCCGCGACGGGAGCCCGACGCGCUAUAAAGAGGGGGACAGCGCCGGGAAGUGCGAGCCGAGAGCCCUGGACGCGGAGCUCGCAGGUCGUCCCGGCCCCGCGCGGAGCGCACGGACUCCCCGCCCCUCUCCCCGGGCCGGGCGCACGGAGAUCCGGCACUCCUGGGCGCAGACGCUCCCCUGUCCCGGGGCACCCCUUCCCCGCCGGGGCGCACGGACUCCCCCAGCGCCGGGCACUGCCUGGGCCCCCUCCCCCGAGGGUAGCGUGAUUCUCUCCUUCCCAGCCCGACCCGCCCCCCAAGUCCCGGGCGCACGGACCGAGUCCUUGGGCCGAUGGAGAAGGGGAAGCUGGGGGCGCUGCUGGAGCAGCCGCCGCGGACGGUGAGCUGCAAUGGGUACGCGCUGCCGGAGGAGAAGCCGCCGCCGGAGAAGCCCCGCUACGCGCAGGGCACCAGCGCGCAGUGCCUGGACAGCUGGAAGGAGGAGAGGACCCGCAGCGAGGAGGACAAUGAGAUGAACCUGCCCAAUCUGGCCGCCGCCUACACCACCAUCCUGCGCUCGCUGGGCGAGGACCCCGAGCGGCAGGGGCUGCUCAGGACCCCUUGGAGGGCAGCCACUGCCAUGCAGUUCUUCACCAAGGGCUACCAGGAGACCAUCUCAGAUGUCCUGAAUGAUGCCAUAUUUGAUGAAGAUCAUGAUGAGAUGGUAAUUGUAAAGGACAUAGACAUGUUCUCAUUGUGUGAACAUCACCUGGUUCCAUUCGUUGGAAAGGUACAUAUAGGUUAUCUUCCUAACAAACAAGUCCUUGGUCUCAGCAAGCUUGCUAGGAUUGUGGAGAUAUACAGUAGAAGACUACAGGUUCAGGAGCGCCUUACAAAACAAAUUGCAGUCGCCAUCACAGAAGCCUUGCAGCCUACUGGAGUUGGAGUGGUUAUUGAAGCGACACACAUGUGCAUGGUAAUGCGCGGGGUGCAGAAGAUGAACAGUAAAACGGUCACGAGCACAAUGUUGGGUGUAUUCCGGGAGGAUGCAAAGACUCGGGAAGAGUUCUUAACCCUCAUCCGAAGCUGAAGCAGUGCCACUCGCCGAAUGCUCUCUGCAGGUCGCACUGUCCGUGCCGCUGUCUGUUCUUAACUCUUUGUGCAGCUCGUUUUUAACUAAGUCGUGCGUUCUAAUAUGUGCAGUGAAAGAAUUUUGACGGUAAGUCAAAAAUGUAACCGUGAGGUAGGCCCUAUGGAUAUCUAUGCUGUCUCUUGUGUCACAGGAUAACCCAGCUACCGAUAGUUUUUAAAUAUACUUGCUCAAUCUAGACUACAAUUUAUUGCCAUUGAGAAAAACAGCAGAUAGGGGGAAGUGAAAAGAGGUUCUUUAUCAAUACUAGAACUUUGUUCGGCAGGUUAUGUACAACACAGCAUAGGAAAUAUUGAAAGGCUACAGAUCUUUGCAAGGUAAUCUACGUGCCACGUAUACUGCCUCAUAUCCCUAAGAGGGAGCUCUUGAAUGAUCUCUACUGACAUGUCAGGAUUCAUACUGUACCAUUAAUUGCAAAUCUUCUGAUAUGUCGGUUUCAGUCUUUGAACAUGCAUGUCCUACCUUUUUAUGUGACAAUCUGGUGACAGUUGUAUUUUGUUAAUAUUCACCUUCUCUCCUUUGUGGCUUUAGUCUGUUACAAAGGCAUAUUUUUAUCUUGCUAGUCUCAACAUGCAGGGAAUUAAUUUCAACAAUUCAGGGGGGGCAGUCUUAUCUCUGUCUGCAAGGGUUUGUGCACCUUCCCCUCUGUGCCUCAAAAUGAGAAUAUUAUGCCAUUGUAACUGUAGCAGUCACUUUAUAUAAAUUACUGUUUGAGUUUUCAAAGAGCUAACGAAUCCAAACAGAGUUUUAACCGUUUUAUAUCAUUUUGAGUUUGCUUUCCUGGAUUUUCCAGGUCUUAACUGGGCUAGAUGACUAAAUUACAAACACACACAAUAUUUGAGUAAAAAUUUCCCUUAGGAAAACUACACAUGGGGAAAUUAAUCCAGAAUAAAAUAGGUUGUGAAUUUAAAAGUGAAUUAACUGUUCCUGAUUAACUCCACGUGUGGACGCUCUUAUUCCACAAUAAGAGUGCCUUUUUCCAAAUUAUUUUAAUCCACUUCCAUGAUGCUCUUAUUGUGGAAUUAAUCAGGACUAGACAAGCUCUUCCAAUAUUUCAAACUUGUAAUCUUUUCCAACUCAGUGGAUCAAAGCCUGGGAACUGAAGUGACUGCUGAACUCUGCAUACCAGACACGUCUCUUCUGAUGGAACAUAAUUCCAUGUCAGUAUAGCCCUGUAAAUACAUUAGUAUGAACUGUUCAGUUGUUGUUGUUCCUCUUUCAUGAGGGCAACUGAGCAAAGAACUUCCCAGGAGAGCAAAAUGAGUUAAACAUAUUUUCUGAAACCUCGGCAUGUGAAGCAGGCAGUUAAUGGGACUUGAUUUAAUGUAUCAAAUUAUUAGGAAAAUGUAAUGAGUGUGUUGUAACUCUUAAUUGGGACAAUACGGUGCACAAAUCAAAAACACUCACUUGCUUCUAAAACCAACGGCAAGACCCACAAAAUGCCAUGCAGACUUUCAAAGAGCGAGAGUCCAAAUUCAUAUAGCACGCUGUCUCUGUUGGUGUGAAUGUAAAAUCUCUACUACAGGCUAAACUAAAAGGUGAGCUUUGAGCUUGAGUCAGCAAAUUAUUGCUCAUUUAUGCACAGGUCGUUAAUGCCCCUUUUCAUCCUGUGCCGAAAGGAAACUAAAAGUAUUUUAUCAUCAGGCCUGUAGCUCUGCAACAGGGUGAAUGUGAUAAUCAAACACUGCCCUUCCCUAACUGUCACACUUCGAUUGCCAGCAGUCCCCCAAAAUGUGUGGAUAAAGUUAGUGUCUUUACUCAAUCACACUAAGACAUUCGAAGUAUUAAUAAAAAAACUGUACAAUAUUCUGAAAACACUAACCUCACUACUCUAGUGUGGGGCACUCUAGAAGUGCCUUUCUAUUACAGCAGGCAAACUAUUCUGAAUCAAUCAGUGUUGCACAGAAUAAAUCCAGAGUUACUCAUCGAAUUCCCUCCCUCCCCCCAAUAAUAUUGCCUCAGAUCUACAGCAGUAGUUCUGGGAGCAGCAUUGGGUCCUUGAGUUCAAUAUAUUUUUUAAAUAUGCUAAUUAAGAAGCCUUAAAUCACUCUAGUCUGGAAUGCAGAGUCAGAUUUGUUCUCUCUCCUAGUGCAGCAGCUCUAGAAAAAACUUGAGCACCAAAGUGUUUUACACAGAGAUACAUUUUCCUGUGAUCACAUGCUUGCUUUGAAACUGUCAAGUCUCUAAAGCACAGUCUUAGGCCAGGUCUACGCUACAAAGUUGUUGAUACAGCCAUGUUGGUCAGAGGAGUGAAAAAAUCACACCCCCUCGCUGAUGUAACUAUGCUGGCAAAACCGCCAGUGUAGACACAGCUAUACUGACAAAUGCAGGAUGGUCUUCAAAUUAUUGGGAUGCCACAACAGAGUGGUUCUCUCGGUGGUGUUGAUGUCCUUGGGGGAGGGACAGCUCAGUGGUUUGAGCGUUGGCCUGCUAAAUCCAGCGUUGUCACUUCAAUCCUUGAGGGGGCCAUUUAGGGAUCUGGGGCAAAAAUAAGGGACAGUACUUGGUCCUGCUGUGAAGGCAGGGGACUAGGCUUGAUGAGGUCCCUUCUAGUUCUAUGAGAUAGGUAUAUCUCCAUAUAUAUAUAUUUUUUAAAUGUCCUUUAGGGAGGGGUAUUGCUAAAUGACCAGGAAAACUCUCUGUCCGUAUAUACUGUGUCUACACUAAGGGGAUAUAUCAGUAUAGCUGUAGUGGGAGAGCCUAUGUAGGGUAGACUAGCCCUUACUCUUCUAGAGGUAACGGAAGGGGUUGUGUUUUUUAACCACUUAUCUCUAUUAAGGAUAAAGUCCACGUUACACCACCACGCUUCAUUAUUUACGUCAUCAUGAUCUGUAGUCCUUGAAACAUACCUCUAUGUACAUGUGGCCUUGGAUUUUGUUCAGAUGUUUGUAGGAUUUGGUGCAUUUUGGGACACUUUGUGACUCCAGUGAGUUUUAACUACAUCCAGUGUAUAUAUGUACAUUACACAGUCUGCUAUUGUACCCCAUAAAAGGCUAUUGAGUUUAAAACAUUA